GUAAUAGUUAAAGGUCUCCUAGACUGUUUCCAUAAUGGGAAAAUCGUCAUUGGACUCCUUCUAGCCUUAGAUGUUAUACUACAGCUUGAGUGCUUAAACAAGGCAAAAGGAAAGAAGAAAACCUCCAGAAGUUGUUUGGCAGGGAGGUGUCAACAAUAAACUCCCUUGGUAUGCAGUCUAUACAAUUGUCAUUGUGCAUCAAUAGCACGAUGACAUUUAAAUAAUGUCCCUCCCAAUGAUACUGCUAAACCACACCCUUGGCUGACCGGUUCGUUUUCAUUUUCUCAUAAGCUCUGGGUAGUGAAGGCUGUGGAGAGUAUUGAGCGCAUAUCUCUUUGAGGAACAACAGAAAAGACAAAGAAGAGGCAUAGAAAAAGCAGGAGAAACAAAAUGUUGCACUUGAGGAUGGUGCUGGUUGGCAAGAAUGGAGCAGGAAAGAGCGCAUCAGGAAAUACCAUCCUGGGGAAGAAAGCUUUUCAAGAGGAUGAUUCUGCUGACUCUGUUACCACGUUUUCAUCAAUGCAUAGUGCAGAUCAGUUCUCUGUGAUUGACACCCCAGGACUUUUCGGCACAUCCAUGGAUGAAGAACAAGUGAAAAAAGAAAUUGACGAGUGCAUCCGUCUGUCGGACCCUGGACCCCACGUGUUUCUGCUGGUGGUCAGGUUGGGCAGAUUCACACAGGAAGAUAAAUCUGCUGUGCAGUGGAUCCAGAAGCACUUUGGGGAAGAAGCCUCACGGUACACAAUGCUGCUGUUCACAGGUGCCGAUCAAAUGAAAAAAACGGUGGAAGAGUUUCUGAACGGUUCCACGCUACUUCAGGAACUAAUUCAUUGCUGUGGUGGAAGAUAUCAUAUCUUCAAUAAUGAUGAUGAACAGAACAUCACUCAGGUUACCGAGCUGAUGCAGAAAAUAGAAAAGAUGGUGCAGGAGAAUGGAGGAGAACACUACACCAAUGAGAUGUACAAGGAGGCUGAGAGAAAGAUCAGAGAGGAGGAGACGAAUUGGUUCAAAGUUGAAAAAUGGGCAAAUGCAAAGAAAUAUGGGACAGGAGCUAUUAUGGGGGCCGCGGCUUUAGGAGGAAUUGCAGCAGCUUCUCCAAAAGCACUUCAGUAAGCCACUACAGCUGGAGCAGCAAUGUUAGACAUAUAAUUGUAGUGGUAACCUUACUGAUAUGAUUGGAUGGAGUUUGAUUCCACAUUGAUUCAUUUUUAUCACACCUGGGUCACCUCUGCCUCUGAAACCCUCUCUAUUAAUGCACACGACAUACAUACAUAUAUUGUGCUAUAUGCACUUAAGAAAAUAUCACUGAUCAUGUAAGUUUGAAGAGUCAUGUGAAAUCAAAAAGGAGAAUAGAUUAAUCAAGUCUUAAAGCUCUGAAAAUCUGAGAAAAGCAAGAAACAAAGAAAGAUGUAGCCUUGAAAUUGUGGUGUCCAUGCUAGACACAGGUGUUUUUUUGGAAAAAUUAAUAAAAUAUAAUCAAAGUAAAAUGUGUAGAUUCAUUAUGCACGGCUCUUAUAUUUCAUACGUGUACAUAUUUUUGCAAAUAUAACUAACAUUAAUAUGCUACUAAUACUAAAAUCAAUAAUUCUAAUAAUAAUUACUAAUAUUAUAGAUUAGGUGGAAGGAGUCUGUGUGUGAUGGGAGAAGUUCUGCUCAAGCUGUCUCUGAAGAAAUUAAAGUAACCGUAUUAACCUUAUUUGGGAGGCUUUGAGGUCACAGCAGAACAGGAAGCCCACAGACUGGACCUUUUUUUGAGGGAGAGGGUGGGAGGUGGGGCUUGGGAUUGGGAGGAAACUCGCUUCCCCUGCAGGCCCCCAGUAACUCGUACUUUCUGUUAUUUACAGUCCUGGCCGAAUUCAUAUGCAGUGAUUGAUACUUUUCCUACUUUACAGUGAAUUAAUUUAAAUACUG